AUGUCCCCGACGCCUCUCACCGAUGCGAUCAAAGGUGAUCACCAGGAGAUGUAUGAAUAUUAUGACGCCUACAAGGCUGCCACGGGCGACGCAGAUACCCAGGCGCGCUGGGCACAUCAAUUGACGUGGGAGGUCGCGCGCCACGCCGUUGGCGAAGAGCUCAUCGUCUACCCCCUCAUGGAGAAGCAUCUAGGGGCAAAGGGGCUCGACCUCGCCAACCAAGACCGAGCCGAACAUCAGACCGUGAAGGAGCUGCUGUACAACCUGCCUAACAGCACGCCUGGCACCGCACAGUACGACGAGAUAAUCCACAAGGUGAUGGCACACCUCCGGCCGCACAACGAAUCGGAAGAGAACGAGGACUUGCCGAUGCUCGAUUCCAAACUGGGUGAGGAAUACAGCGCAAGUGCCGCGCUGUCCUUCAAGCGGACAAAGAAGUUCGUUCCAACGAGGCCGCAUCCCUCGGCCCCCAAUCGUCCUCCGCUCGAGACAUUUGCUGGGUUCCUCGCUGCGCCCAUUGACAAACUACGCGAUGCGUUCGACACAUUCCCGACGCAAGAGAUGAAGGACAAGCUCUAA